AUGAUCAUCACUCUGCACAAGCUUUUCCAAGUAGGAAAGAACUUGUUGGAAGAUGAUAAUGACAGCAUGCUCUACUCUGAUGCACUGAAAAAGAAGUAUGAUGGAGAAAGUAUCACCAGCGGUCUUGCUGUUAAUCAAGAGGGCAACAGGAGCAUGCUGGUCUUUAUUUUCACUGCUUGUCUUGCUGAAAUAGAGCGGCAGAGUGCCGAACUUAAGGUCCUCACGGACCAGGUUUGGCGGGAAUUAGUCAACCAGCUGAGCUACGCCCAUGUCACGAUUGGAACAGACUCGCCGCUGACCCACGCUCACGCCACGGUAGCAACCGACACACUACCGAGCCAGAACCACGUCGCGGUGGCACCCGACCCGCUACUGAGCCAGAUCCACGUCGCGAGACUCGCUGCGGAGACCCACGUGGCAGUGGCGACCGACACGCUGCUGCUGCCGUGCCUCAUCCACGUCACAGUAGCAACAGACCCGCUGCUGUGCCACAACCAUGUCGCGGUGGUGACGGACUUCUUGACGCCUCCCUCUCCUGCAAUGAUAAUGACCGGUCUGCAGCCGCCUGAUGAUCACGCUUCAAGGGCGACCGAGUCCCGGCCGUCGGACGACCACGACACUGCGACAACCGAUCCUCGGCUGCCCCCCAAUCAAGCCUCGGCGGCAACUGAUACCCGGUGGCCUCCUGACCUAGCCUCGGCGGAAACCGAUCCACACACGCCUCACGACCAAGCCUCGGCGGUGGUGAACCCAUGGAAGGAGGACCCAUGUUACCCUUUUGGGCUGUGCUUGGCCAAGCCCGAAGGGUGCAGACCCAACCACCAGGCCCUCGCCUUGGAGCCCCACCUCCAGGCCUGGAUCAAGAGGGUCGCACCAGGCCCCACCCUGCAUAUCCCAUGCUCCCGUCAUGGCAGCGGUGAUGACUCCAUGGCCGCCCCACGCUCCUGUUCAGGUGGUGACGACGAAUCUGCGGCCCUCUCUUGCUCCUGUCCCUGGCCGCCUUACGCUCCUUCCUCGGUGGCGACCGGUCCUUAUGACCACGCUUCAAGGGUGACCAAUUACCGGCAGUCUGAUGACCACUCUACGGCGGCAACCGAUCCCUGGCCGCCUCACGACCAUGUCCUAGAAGGUUUUCAUCUGGAGCCGUCGCCUGCUUCCGUCUGGUUCCUGCUUCGCCUUUGGGUUCCUCUCAAGGACGACCGCCCCAUGGGGACCCUGGUGCUUGGCGUCCUGGCCGACCUUCUGACCUGCUCGGCCAGAAGCCUCACUUUGGGUGGCCUGGAUGGCCACCAGGCAGACUGGGGUUGCAGGGUUUGCGACAUCACGGUUCCCUUUGUUCCGGUGCUCCCACACUGUUGGUUCGUGACAACUGUCAGGACCCGUACUCCCACCCGGCGGAGGGAGUGUACCCACUCGUCCACCAGGGUGAACAGCAAUUUGCAGGCGCACAGUGUCACAUUUCUCUCAUCAUGUUUUAUGUCAUGAGUUUAGCCCUAGUGUUUCUUCGUUGCUUGGGACCUUGUUUUUUUCAACUUGCCAAUUUAUAAUUUUUUGCCUCCAUGAACCUUGUUUGACUGUUUUUUAUUAUUAAAUAUAAUUUUGAGAUUCUUGCACUCCUCCCACUCCUCCAUGCUUGCCUGAAUGUUGGUGUUCCACCAUUUUUCCUCCCAUACCAAGUAAAACCAAAAAGUGAGAUAAUUAUGAUAGCUAUUGUUUAAAAUGUAUUUGUUUGAAAUUCUGUAUUUCACUUGAUUUAUUGGAUUACUUACAGCAAAACAUGAGCACUGUAUAGCAUACAUCCAGUAUUUUGCAGGCCACUUCAUAUGUGUUUGAGGCCAGGAAAGCCCGCAAAUGAUCAGUUCUGCAUAUGCAUAUUUUUUCAGGAGUAUUGAAAUUUUUAUUUUCAGGCCCAGUUGUUUUCUGAAUAGUAUUCGGAAGGAAAAAUCACACAGUACAGAAUAAUCUUUAAAAACAAUUGCUAAAGCGAGUUUUUAUGAACUUUGAUGAGAUGGUGGCAAUCAGAUUGAAAAUUGGGCCGAUUUAUCAGUACAGUGGUAAGGCACUUUAGAUGUAGUGGGUUUUUCCACAGUUGUCGGCUAGUGAGCUUUAACAUUUACAGUUCUCCAAAUUAUGCCCGGGGGGAAUAUCACGGUUGAUGAAU